ACCUCUGUUGCUAAGGCUUUAUCAACAAAGUGUCAAGAAGCUGCAGGUUCCGCAAUUUCUCGAAGGGGUUCACCCGCGUUAUCGUCGGGUAACAGCCUUCAGAUAAAGGGGACAGUUUAAAAAAGUAUUGAAUUUAUCGAUAAAUGGCAGAAGGAAAGAAUACGUAUUGAAUCCGUUAUAUAGUGGAAACGUAAUUUACUGUAACAUUGAUUCGUGUCAACUUGUUUGACAGAGGUGCACAUACAACAUGUCUUCAGUAACAUUACCAGGAAUACAGACGACUGGCAUUUAUGCAGGGAAAUGCAAGGAUUGGUCUCCAGAUGUAAGACCAGCAGGAAAGUUAACAACAACAGGUGAUUCAGCAUUAUCAUGUCUGAAACCGAAAGAUGAAAGGCCUCCUUCCGCAGAUGUUAUUCGUCGGUUCAGAGCCACAUUAAGACCAGAUGCUGGUCAGAUGAGAGUUUUUUAUGGCAAAGCUUCCGACCCUCAUCGUCAAUGGGCAAAGGACAUGUGUCAUGGUAUCAACACACAGUCUUCUGCUAACGCGGGCGAGCUGGCCAACCCCCACCCAAAAACUUUGUUUCAACAGAAAAAGUUUGAGAGGAAGGAAUUUAUCUAUGCCAGUCAUCAAAAAGGUCCUCUUGGAACAUCACACAAUCAGACCCCUUGUCUGCCUAAGGGCCUUAAUAAAGAUGAUUUCACAUUUGGAAUUCCAACAGAAUUAGAUAUUGGUGCAGGUGGACUAAUUAAUCCCAAUAAAACGUAUGCGGAAGUAGAACAAGAAUCGGCUGUGGGACACGAGUUGUACAGAAACACACACAGUGACUAUGAUGUAGGCGAGCAGCACAGGAGGAACUAUACCUCCAUGGGCUUCAGCCCUAACUCAAAGUUUGGAAUUCCCACACCUCACAGUAACGAUGGAAGGCGGACACGCCAGACUCUUAAAUGGAUGUCACAAGCCCAGCAGGAAAAGGCCACCAAAAUUGUGUCAAAACGUGUCGACGAUUUCCGAGAAAGAACACAGCCCCAGCUUGGAUCUGUCCAUGAUCCAAUCAAGGACACCCUGAAGGUCGCCCCAGAUCACACCUUUGGGAUCCUGGUCAAGGCUGAUGAGUAUGGUGCGGGAGACCUACUACACAUGCGACCCCCGGGGUCAUACCUGAGGGGCAAGGACCGACAGCGCGGUGUCAUGGCUGCUAUCAGACAACAUCUGAAGAAGGCCAACUACCACAAUUUCCAUGACCUUUUGGCAGCCUUCAAACAAUAUGACAAGGAUGGGAGUGGGAUGAUCAAGAUGGAGGGUCUGCGAGAAGCUUGCCUCCAGUAUCAUUUACCUGUAGAGCCAGAACUACUUGAACAGCUUAUGGACUAUUGUGACACAAACAGGGAUGGUUGUAUAGACUACCUGGAGUUUUCUAAUUUCCUUAACUGGAAAGACAAGAUGGCUUCUGGCUUUGGGCCCAAGACAGAACCUCCGAAAACACCCAUGACCCCAAAGUCUGCCCCUAGCCCCCAUGCCAGAACCCCUCACUCAGGAAGCGAAGUACGAGUUUCCCAAGAGGACCUCAUCCCAAAGACCCCCCAGAGUGCGGAGAAUACCCCUCGCCGGCUACAGAAACAGAUUGACAUGGCUAUCGGCAAUCAUCGCACCAGUUCUAGUAUGAUCAAUGCUGUCAUCGGUGGUGUGGACACGAGAGAUUUCAGGACAUAUGGUGUCCCAACCAUCCGAACAGACCUUCCAGGUCCGAGGAUCCGACGGGUGGACGAUCGGAAGAACUACGGGGAUGAGUCAGAUGCAUAUGGGCUGAUGAAUCCCUCAAUGUUUAGCCGUAGAGGCGUGUUUGAGAAGGACUUCCUGCUGCCUCGUACACUAGAGGAGAUUAAAGAAAUCUUCACCAGUGUUGGGGUGAAGAUGACUGGAGCAAAUGUUGAGGCCUUGUACCAGACAGCUGCCAAGCAGCAUCCGAAAGGUCACGUCAGUGUGGAGUCAUUCCGAGGCGUCCUUGAUGACGUGCUUGCCAACAAAGUUCUGGAAGGAAAACACCCACUCGCCAUCUAGGUUAAAGGUCAUCAUGAUCUACGCUCAUUUAGGUUAAAGGUCAUCGGACCAUAAUUUCACAAUUAUUGUUAAAUUUGAAGCAGUUGUAUAUUUCAUAAACAUUGAAAUAAGGGAAGCUGGGCAGAUUGUGAAAUGCAAAUUUGUUGUUAAUCAAAGUAUGAAAUUCGAUUUUAUAAACUCUAAAACUUAAAGCGAAUUGUCAAUGAAUUCUUUGGUAUUGGAAGUAUAUUGUUGAUGAUUCAUUGUGUAUAAUGAACAAAUCAAAGAAAUGAAAGAAGGACUUUUUUUCAUUCCAAAAUGAUACAGAGGAGAAAGAAACUCAUAACAGGUGAGUUAGAGAAGAAUUAAAGUAAUAAAGAAGGUGAGAUACAUGUAGUAAAAUAAUUUUCUGUUGAUUCCAUUGAAUAUCAGUAGAAAGUCAUGUGUAUGUCAUUUAAUUACUUCAAAAUAUACAUAUGUUAUUUUAUUUAUGAAGUAUUUUCUGCGGCAAUUUUCAUCAUUCCAAUAUACUCAGGCUGUUAAAUCACAUGUGUAAGGUAGAUAACUCUAUCACUAAUCGCAUGUGCGUAAGGUAGGAUACACCCUUAAAUCGGUUUUAUUAAUAUAAUGAAUAUCCCAUAUUAGUAACUAUAUUAUCGCUAUUACAUUAAUUUCAAUUACAGAAUGAAACGGAACAUAUUGUAGAUAUUUAAUUUUUACUCCAGAAUUGUUUAUUGUACAUAAGAAAGUAAUGCUAAUAUUAAAUCAAGCUACUGUCGCAUUUACAGGAAAUAUGUAUUAAUGAAUACUUGAAGUAAAAGAACAUAAAAAAUAGCUAUUAAUUUCUUGUAGUCUGCUUAAAAAUUCCGAUACUGUUUACUGGAAACUUUGCCGUUCACCGGUAAAAUCUUUAUCAAACCUGUAAUAAUUUUGCCUUUCGUAUGUGUUUACUAUCUAUGGCAUAUUGUGUGUUUUUAUUCGCUGCCACGAUAAAUUUGCCCGCAUCACGGAAGGCGAAAAAAGGUGAAAGUUAAAAUUGUUGCAAAAAUUUCACGGCAUACAGCAUUGCUAUGUGAUAUUAGGGGUAUCUCUAUGCAGUUAAGGGUAUCACUGUAUUUAAGUGUUAGAUCUUAUAACAAUCAAUUAUCAUGAUCAGUAUUUAACUUAUUAAGAACGUUAUUAUGCAAGGUUAAAACGUUUUGUUAUGUGUUAUUAAUCUAUAAAGUAGUCGAAAGCAUUAAGACUCAGUGUGGAAACAGAUCAGGAAAAUUCAGAUGUCAUGUUUGCAGUAUUUCGUAAAUUAAUGAUAUGCAAAUGUGCUUUUUUGCACAUGAUAUUAUGUUAUGCAAGAAUUAAGAUUGUUUUCUAAGAAUGAAAAUUUACGAACACGUAAAUUUGAAGAUUUUAAUGUUUUACGAAUGAAUAUGAUUUUCAAAAAGUUUUCAGUAUUUUAAAAAAGCAUUGAAGCCAAAUGUUACAGAUGAAAUCUGUUGUGCUGUGUUGACACACAUUGAAGCAUUGCAUGCAAAUAUCUUGUAAAGUAUAAAAACAAAGCAAAACAGUAUUUUAAUGUUUCAUUUGUUAGUGUUAAUUGUUUUAAUGAAUUAUAUUUUGUGGUGUUGAAAGAAAUCAAAACUUUUAUGCUAACAGCAUUAUAUUUGAAUACAAUGGAGGAUUUGAGGAAAUCAUUCCCUUAUUUAGUUCCAGCACAAAAUUUAUAAAUGCAAUUUGUUUUGAAAUGUACUGUCUAAUUUUGAUGUUUUCACUGGAGACACUAUCAAUUAUUGAAAAUUUACAUUUAGCUUUGAAUGAUAUUGUUGUGAAAAGGGAAAAUCUUAAACUUUUAUCAUCACAGCGCUGAUUUUUUAAUCAAGAUUUUAUUUUACCUGUGUUUUUCUUGAAAUAUUGAAUCUCAACCAGAAAUAUUUGUUUCCUUCAGCUUCUAGUGUACCAGAUUUUCUCUCUGAAAUAUUGAAAUACAGUUUGUGAAUUCAAUAGACUGUUUUACCAAUUUUUCUCUUGAAAGAUUGAAACACAUUUUUUUUUUAUUUCAGUUGACUAUUUUAACUUUUUUUUUCUUGAAAGAUGGAAAUACACUUUUAAUUGAAUAGACUAUUUUAUCAAUUUUUCAUCUUGAAAGAUUGAAAGACUAUUUCAAUAGGCACAGCACGUUGGCAUAUUCACAAGUAUACUAGGUAAACACUGACGAGAGUUUUGUGUAUAAGACACUUGUUUCUAAUACUUAAUUUCAUUACAGUCACCUUCACCCCUAUGAGUACCAUCCGUUGUAGUUCCCACCCAUUGUUCUAUGUUAUUGGUGUUCAGCUGUAUAUUUUGAAGAUGAUGUUACUAUAUUCUCGAUGUUUUCUUUUUCAUAAAGAGAAAACUUCAUUUCUUUGAAAGUGGAUUGUGUACUGUAAUGUUUAUUUUUAUAUUCCCUUUUCCGCCUUUGACAUAUUUCUGAAAAAAAUGGAUAUUGCUAAAAUUGGAAAGGUAAAGAUAAUCACUUUUGAAUGAAAAUGUAAUAGAUCUUUGUACAUGUAAUGUAUAUUGUAUGUGUCAGAAUGUAGUUUCAUGUGCUAUUUUUAUGUUUAUGGACCUAAGUUUACAUAACCUGUAUUCCGUCCAAGCUGUCAGAGCCAAACUGUGAUAAGACUGGUGACUUUAGAUUGAGUGAU